AUUAAUGUUCCCUCUGGAUGCCGAAGGUUCUCUCGCCAUUGUCGUGACGCCCUGCGAAACGCCCCUUGUGUGGACCAUCUCGCUCCGCUCACACGCCCCCUUCUACAGCGCGAGUGAGUCAGAGUUUCGAAGCGCUUCGCUGUUCGCCGACGCUUCGAACCGCACUAUUCGCAAGGACGGCGAUCCGAAGCUUUUGGAAGACGAAAGGAGAUCGAAUGCUCCUAGAUGGCUACAGGAUCCUACGCGGGACACCCCGAUGGAGGUUCCGAUCCUCAGAGAAGAGCGCAGAACAGAAGACGAUCGAGGAAUGUCCGCCGCGGUGAGAGGUUAUGGGAUCGAGCGAGGGAGUUAUAAGGAAGUGGUUUUGAAGGAGUACGAAGGCCAUGAAGCUGUGGUGUUCCAAGAAGCGACUGCGAUGAUUGGUUUGUAUGUGAUUCAGAUCCGUGCUGAGGGCGGGCCGACCUACGUGCACGUGCAGGCCAGUACCAAGGGAAACCCGACUCCGCCCACCGUCCGUGUCAAGGUCGCCAGCACGCCCGCGAUUGAGGGCGUCACGCUCACGUGGGCGAACAGGAACCCAGGCGGCGGCUACUGCCUCGUGCUGAGCGAGGGCCGCCCGUACCCGUCCCUGUGCGCCGCCCGCGCCGCCCACCUUCCCUCGCGGCACAAGAUGCGCGACCACGCCCACGCGCCCACGCUACUUCUUGGCUGCACGGACCAGCCCAGGUACUGGCUUCCCUCACGGCCCGCCCGCGCCCUGCACGUGGCCGUGUGGGCUGGGGGGUCGGGCGGGCCUCCCCUGGGGCGCGGUCUGGUGCGCGGCGCCCGCAGGCGGCGAGUGCCCCGCCUGCGGAAGGGGCGGUUGCUGGCGCUCGUGCCGUCGGCGGGCGGACGGGCGGCCGCCAGGUACCGCGUGCGGAGGGGCGGGCGGCGGCUGCACAUUAUGGCGGUCGCAUGCGGCGGGCAACUCCGGCUGCAGGUAGAGUCGGAGGGCGGACGCCGCCUGACGAGCGCCGUGGGCGGCCAGGGGGCGCUGCACUUGUCCCUCACGCCCCCGGCGCCCGGCACCCUGACCCUGGCCCUGAGGACGGUUCCUCCGGGGGCGUCGCACACCCUCCUGCUGGCUGCCGCGCCCUCCGUGCGGCGUCUUCCUCUGCCACACAUGCCACGCAACUCCCGCGUGCGCGUGGCGGGCGUGGGCUGCUCCUGGGCCAGCCUGCGGUGGUCGGCCGCCCGCGCCUCCGCCUCCUACUGCAUCCUGAUGGAGAAGGAGACGAGCGGGAAGCCGUGGCGUGCGCGGGCGCCGCUGCAGACGAAAACGAAGGUGCGCCUACAGCUCGCUCGCGUCGCUUCACGUGAGCCUCUCCUGCGCCGCGACGCCCCGGCCCAAGAGCGAGCACGGCCGCCGCCCGGGCAGCCUGGGGCGGGCCACCCACACUGCCACGUUUCUAUGUCGGAUCUUAAUAUAGCCUUAUUUUCCUCUAUGUACGCAGGCACAUGUAUAGAUCAUAUCUUAGCUUUAUAUUCCUCCUGUGUACUUGAUAUAUUGGUGUGA